UCCGUGACAACUGCACGCUCCGGGGUCCUAACGUGACAGGGCAAGUUUCAAACCAUCGGCGGGAGAAAAUAUUAAAGCGUCUUUCAUAGUUACUAUUGUUAUGCUCGAGUCGUUUUAAUUAAAUGUAGAAUGUAUAUUGUCAAUUAUAUCUAUACAACCCGGGAAUAUCAUAAGAACAUCCGUGAGCGUUAUUUUACCAUCCCUUCCUACAUUGUGUUUUGAUUUUCUACAACUUCAGUCCAACUGCAUCUGUCACGAACACUCAUUAAAUUGUGAAUAUUUUUGUUGAUGAAUGUUCAGCGCAUUUUCUUCGAAAUUUUGCAGUGUUUCAUCAGAAUGCAGACUUCUAAAUUUGUAGUCAAGUGUGGGAAUUUUGCUGUGCUAGUGGAUCUUCACAUACUGCCCUUAGGCGGUCAAGACAAUGCCAGCUGGUUCACUCCAGAGCACAGGAAGGAAGUUGUCUCUCUGAUUAGAGAUGCAUUGGAGCUGAGGGUGAGGCAGUUUCAAGAGGCCAGAUACCAGAAGAUCCAGCCCAAACUGAGGAAGGAUCUCACCCUGACCGCCCCGCUCUGCCUUGAAGGUGGGAAUGUAUGCUUGGCGGUGCACUUCAUGAAACGACACGUCAACCUGAGAUGCAUUAUCAGGCAGCAAUACAGAGAGUUGCGUGUGUUUCCUGAGCGUGCUGUAGUGUGUGCCAGUCCUCCAGAGAAUUCUGCUAUUCCCAAUGGAAAUCUGAACCUGGAUGUGCAAGCCACAGAACACUGUAAUUUCAAGAGCUUCUUGGCCCUCACAAACUCAUUGUCACCUAAUCUGAUUUUCCUCCACCAAAACAAAGAGGUGGAUUCCAGGGUGGUUAUCUUUUAUGGAUACUCUUCAUGUCAGUGCUCUGUUUCAGAUGGCUGGAGCGUUGUUCUGACAGGUGACAUGCAUUGUAAGGAGACCAAGCUGGAGUUUCUUUCUUAUUUGUUUGUUGGCCUUGGUCUAGCUUUGGUUGUGUCUGGAUAUCCCCCUAAAAAAUGUCCAGUCUUUGUUGCAGUGGGCGGAGGUGCCAGGCAGCCUAAAGUCCAACCCCAGAAACGCCAAUAUGAUCAAGUGGACAAAGCUGAGAAGGGGUCUGCUGAAGAAUGUCAUCCUGUCCACAUAUCGUCUAGAAGCUUUCUCACAAGUGAGUCAUUGGAGGAAGGGAAAGCAGUAUUGUCAUCAGCUACCGGUCUGAAGAGACGACCGCGGACCCAAAGUAGCUCAGGAGAAGACACUGUCCACCAAAAGACAAAAAGAUCUCGUCUUGGAGAGCCUGCAGCAUCAAGUGAUUCCAACAAUCCCUCUUCCGACGCUGCUGCUGCAGACUCUGUUUGCAGUCUCCAGCCUGAGAUUUCACAGACUAACCAAAGCGGGCUGGCCGCAAGUUUGAGAGGCCUAUCCGUCAAGCCUUUAUCCUCUGGCUCCUCUAUUAGUUCAAGAUCUGUUGCCAGAGAGGGAAAGAAGGGGGGUGAGCACAGAACAUCCCGAUUACGCCGGCUCAAAAAGUCCUAAAGGGGCGUAGCGGCAUAGAACGAGAGCGGAUGUCUGACGCCACCACGAUGGAUGUUACAGUACACACUUCUACUGUAAUACUGUCUGUCAGCGGCAGUUGCACAAGAGUUCACCACACACAGUCUCUGCACAUACAGUACUUCCCUUCUCCCUUUAAAGUAAAAAACACAAAACUGCUCAAACGCUUGAAUUAGAUUACCAAGAAGCUUUCAAAUUUUUGAAUCGACUCCACUAGCAACAACUUAAAAGAAACUCAAGCAAACAGUAACUUCACUCUAAACAAAAACACAAAUGCAGUUCGUGUUUUCAGUGUAAGAUUUGUAUUUCAGACUAGCGGGAGCCAUUGAGCACACUGUGGCUUCAAGCCCAAAUCUCUGGCUCCAUCCGUCUGAAAUCUCCACUCUUCCAGCUUCAGCUGAGCACAUGAUUGAUUUCGCUGUGUUCUCACAUACACCGCGCUCCUUAAGCGAUCAGGGUUUUUCACCAUUGGAGCCGACUGCUGUCUCCCUGCGGUUAUUAUUUGUAAAUGUGUUAUUGCUUUUCGUAACAGCUAUAUGUCUGGUGCAGGAUGACUGACAAUGUCAUGAAACGCUGAAGUGGCGCUCGCGUCCGAUAUUUGGGUAAUCACGGGUGCAGUCGACAUUGAUUUAGUGCGUGAUGGCAGGAUGAUUAUAUGUAUGGACAUAAAUUCGUAGAGUCACAUGCUUUAUUUUCCAGCCGUGCUUACAAAUCCCUCAAUGUUUAUGUAUUUAGUAUAAUAGAGAUGUGUCAAAAAAACUUUAUCAGAAUAUACAAACAUUGUGCAGUUAUAAUGCCAUAACAUGGCAGUCGGAAUACUUCUGGUUUAGAGUAACAACAUAUUUCACUGUAUAUUCUGAUGCCAUGUCAUGAAUUUCAAUCAUUAAAGAUAGCAAACCAUU